AUGCCACUGGGUCCUCGCAAGAGAGUGAAGCCCAGCCCUUCUGGCGCGGACUCGCCGUCCCCCGCGGUGUCGGGCACUGAUGCCGGGAGAGAACGCUCCGACUCCCAGUCACGAGUUCCGGGCGCUAACUGGUAUCCUGCGUCUUGGUCGGCAGUAACGCGAGUGUCGAAAGCGGCCCCAGUUACCGAGGUUGCCCGUGAGAGCAUCUCCGUCGCCAAAAACGUAGCGUCAAGCGUCACAAACUCUUCAACAUCUCUCUAUGAUAGGGCGAGCCACUCUCGUCAUCCCUCCAUUCAACUGACGAAGAAGGCGGGUGCAUCAACCAGGUCGCUUCCUGCAGGCGCAACUACAACAAAGAUCAACAUUGCGUCGGAUGGUUCAGCAUCUACCACCGCUGUCGACAAGCUCGCUGAACCAGACACCGGGGAAACGGACACACCGAAGAAAGAAGCAUCUAAUGAAGCUCCAGCCAAACCUCUAGAGCAAACGUCGAAGGAACAGGAAUUCGCCCCAGACGGCGAGACCGGAAUUGACGCGUCGCAUGCGGGACAUGCAGUACCUGCUGAGCAGCCCGGCGGAUGGUUUUCUUGGUUUAAUAGACCAGCUGCGAUCGACAACGGCCCUGUGACUGCUCCGACUUCUACAGGGACGGAAGGGAAUCUGCAAGCAGAUAAUCAAGUUGGUGUCCAACCAAUCGCCAGACAUCCACCAGAUUCGGAGGUGCAGGGAGAGUUACAACAGGGACAACUACAGGAACAGGCUACAGAGACUGUUGAGAAUUCACCGACGGCACAGAAACGGUCGUGGCUCCAGAUGUGGUACGGUGCGAGUGCAUCGGCCAAGCGGGGGGAACAACCUUCUGCAGAGCCUCCUAUCUCCACUUCAGCAGAUGAUAGUGCUCUUGAAGCUAAUGGCGAUGAUACCACAUCAAGAGAUCAACCGGACGAGCCAACCGGCCCUUCCCGGAAUCUUGUUGGGACUGCGAGAUCAACUGGUUGGUCCUUUUGGACCAAAGACCCUUCCAAGGAUGCUACUCCCGAUAAAGCCGCCGAGGUCCAGGCAAUUGAAGCGUCCAUACCUCCUGGAGCUCAGUCGAGGCCGAUGGCGCUUGAACCGGACCCAGAGGCAAACGUCAAGAUCACCAAGAAAGACAGCAUCAAAAUGAAGGCACCCAAAAACAACGCCGAAUCUGUUCAUUCCAAGGAUGGGCCUGCUCCUAUCAUUGAAGCGACAUCAACCUCACUGCCACCAGCCGAGCCUCGUCCAGUUGAGGCUACUGCCUCGAAGCAAUUGCUGAAAAUCUUGCCUAAUCAAGUGUUGCCGCGGGUCAAAGAAACAUACAUGUUGGAAGAGUCGCCAUCUAUCUUGCAGAGCCUUGGACGACUUCUACACUACAGCAAAGCCCAACAACCUCAGCAUGUUUGCAGAACCAAGGAUAUGCCUCGUAUUAAACGCGCUCUGUCCAUCGGCGUGCAUGGCUACUUCCCGGCUCCCCUCAUUCGAAGCGUCUUCGGCCAACCAACGGGGACUUCGAUCCGAUUCUCCAAUAUGGCGGCAGAAGCCAUUCAAAAGUGGACAGAAGGCCAGGGCUACUCGUGCGAGGUUGAGAAAAUCGCCUUGGAAGGCGAAGGACGUAUUUCUGAACGAGUCGACUUGCUAUGGAAACUGCUCCUGAAUUGGAUGGAGAAAAUCCGGAGCGCUGACUUCAUCAUGAUUUCAUGCCACUCCCAGGGAGUUCCGGUAGCGAUCAUGUUGGUUGCGAAGCUGAUUUCGUUCGGCUGCCUGAACGCCGCACGAGUGGGGAUCUGUGCUAUGGCUGGUAUCAAUUUGGGACCAUUUCCCUCCUACAGAUCCCGAUGGAUCAGCGGAUCUGCUGGGGAGCUGUUCGAGUUUGCACUCCCGUUUAGCCAGGUAUCCAAGGAUUAUGAGGCCGCACUACGAUGUGCUCUUGAUUUCGGAGUCCGAAUUUCGUAUAUCGGCAGUAUUGAUGACCAGCUCGUUUCCUUAGAGUCUUCCCUCUUUUCACCAAUUGCACAUCCAUACAUCUUCCGCGCCGUCUUUGUGGACGGCAGAGUCCAUGCCCCAAGUUUUCUUUCACAUCUUGUUGGCUUUGCCCUAAAACUUCGCAACCUAGGCAUCUCAGACCACGGUCUCAUCCGUGAGCUCAGUCAGCCCCUCGCUGGCAGUCUUUAUACAGGUGAAGGCCAUUCUCGUCUCUAUGAUGAUGAAGCUGUAUAUGAUUUGGCCAUUGAAUUUGCCCUCGAAACAUCUUCAGUAUCCUCCGCUCUUCUCAACAUCAAACGAUCUCAUCCCGCCGUCUCACCCAAUCCGUACAUCCUCCCCUUCGCCAUGCGUGGCCUUCUGGAAGAGGAAUACGUGCGCCGUGAACUACACGAUGAAACGAUGGAGCUGCUGAAACAGUUUGAUGAUUGGAAGCCAGUGACCAAGGUCUUGAAAGAUGUCAAGUUCCGUUUGGAGGGUAUUCGAUCCAAGCUCUAG